CCCAACCCCCCGCCCCUCCAGCCCUGACCCCGCCCUGUCUGCGGACCGACACCAUGGCGCCGCCCGGCUCGCGCCUCCGCCCCCGAGCUCCCAGGCGGGCGGAGCUGCGGGCGAGGGGCGGGAUGUUUUGGGGGGCGGGGGUCCCGAUGACGGCAUCGGAGCGCGCCGCGCGGAGGCUCGGAGUCUGACUGCACCCCUGGGGGACUGUGCUCCCACCGAGCAGGACCGGGAGCUGCCCUCCCCCAGCAUGGGGCUGGAGGCCCAGAGGCUGCCGGGGGCCGAGGAGGCCCCGGUGAGGGUGGCCUUGAGGGUCCGGCCGCUGCUGCCCAAGGAGCUGCUGCACGGGCACCAGAGCUGCCUGAGGGUGGACCCGGGGCACAGCCGCAUCACUCUUGGUCGAGACCGCCACUUUGGCUUCCACGUGGUGCUGGAUGAGGACACAGGGCAGGAGGCCGUGUACCAGGCCUGCGUGCAGCCCCUCCUCGAGGCUUUCUUUGAGGGCUUCAACGCCACGGUCUUUGCCUACGGUCAGACGGGCUCCGGGAAGACGUACACCAUGGGGGAGGCCAGUGUGGCCUCCCUUCACGAGGACGAGCAGGGCAUCAUCCCACGGGCCAUGGCUGAAGCCUUCAAGCUUAUCGAUGAAAAUGACCUGCUUGACUGUCUGGUGCACGUGUCCUACCUGGAAGUAUAUAAGGAGGAGUUCCGAGAUCUGCUGGAGGUGGGCACCGCCAGCCGUGACAUCCAGCUGCGGGAAGAUGACCGCGGAAAUGUUGUGCUGUGUGGCGUCAAGGAGGUGGACGUGGAGGGCCUGGACGAGGUGCUGAGCCUCCUGGAGAUGGGCAACGCGGCGCGGCACACGGGCGCCACACACCUCAACCGCCUGUCCAGCCGCUCACACACCGUCUUCACGGUGACCCUGGAGCAGCGGGGGCGCGCCCCCAGCCGCCUGCCGCGACCCCCUGCGGGCCAGCUGCUGGUCUCCAAGUUCCACUUCGUGGACCUGGCGGGCUCGGAGCGGGUGCUCAAGACGGGCAGCACGGGCGAGCGGCUCAAGGAGAGCAUCCAGAUCAACAGCAGCCUCCUGGCGCUGGGCAACGUCAUCAGCGCCCUGGGCGACCCCCAGCGUCGCGGCAGCCACAUCCCCUACCGGGACUCCAAGAUCACCCGGAUCCUCAAAGACUCGCUAGGCGGGAACGCCAAGACGGUGAUGAUCGCCUGCGUCAGCCCCUCCUCCUCCGACUUCGACGAGACCCUCAACACCCUCAACUACGCCAGCCGCGCCCAGAACAUCCGCAACCGCGCCACGGUCAACUGGCGGCCCGAGGCCGAGCGCGCGCCCGAGGAGGCGGCGGCCGGCGCGCGCGGCCCCCCGCGCCACCGCUCGGAGACGCGCAUCAUCCACCGCGGACGGCGCGCCCCCGGCCCCGCCGCCGCCCCCGCCGCCGCCGCGGCCGCCGCCCGCCUGGGCGCGGAGUGCGCGCGCUACCGGGCCCGCACCGACGCCGCCUACAGCCUCCUGCGCGAGCUGCAGGCGGAGCCGGGGCUGCCCGGCGCCGCCGCCCGCAAGGUGCGCGACUGGCUGUGCGCCGUCGAGGGGGAGCGCAGCGCCCUGAGCUCCGCCUCCGGGCCCGACAGCGGCAUCGAGAGCGCCUCCGCCGAGGAGCAGGCCACGCAGGGGCCCGGCGGGCCGAAGGUGGCCAAGGGCCAGGAAGAUGGGGCACUGCAGUUGCUCGCCCUGCAGAGCCAGGUGGCCCGGCUGGAGGAGGAGAACCGAGACUUUCUGGCGGCCCUGGAGGACGCCAUGGAGCAGUACAAACUGCAGAGCGACCGGCUUCGGGAGCAGCAGCAGGAAAUGGCGGAGCUUCGGCUGCGGCUAGAGCUGGUGCGGCCUGGCUGGGGGGCCCCAGGGCUCCUACAGGGCCUGUCUGCCGGCUCCUUUGCGCCCCGGCCCCACACAGCCCCCCUCGGCGGUGCCCACAGCCACAUGCUGGGCAUGGUGCCCCCCGUCUGCCUUCCUGGAGAUGAAGUUGGCCCUGAGAACUGGGGAGAGCAGGUGACAAAUGGCAGAGAGCCUGGGGCCCAGCUGCUGGCAGAGGCAGACAGCCAGGGGAGCGGCUCAUCAGCUGCCUCGGAGGAGGAGGGGCAGGAGGAGGGGCAGCCGCCCCUGCGGCCCCCACACCUGCGCAGGAACGGGAUCAACAAGUGGAGCCAGAGGGUGGGGGCCCGCCCAGGAAGUCCAUGUGCCGGGAAGGGCCCAGAGCUUCACCCCGAAGAACCGGGUGCAGCCGUCCCGGGGCCCAGAGUAGCCGGCGGGAGCAAGGCCCUGGCGCGGCCCCGCCGGACCCCAGCUGCCACGGCCUCUGAGCGGCGGCUGGCCCAAGCCCAACAGAAGAUCCGGGAGCUGGCCAUCAACAUCCGCAUGAAGGAGGAGCUCAUUGGCGAGCUGGUCCGCACAGGCAAGGCGGCCCAGGCCCUGAACCGGCAGCACAGCCAGCACAUCCGGGAACUGGAGCAGGAGGCGGAGCAGGUGCGGGCGGAGCUGAGUGAAAGCCAGAGGCAGCUGCGGGAGCUCGAGGGCAGAGAGCCCCAGGACGCCGGCGAGCGGUCCCGGCUCCAGGAGUUCCGCAAGAGGGUCGCUGUCGCCCAGAGCCAGGUGCAGGUGCUGAAGGAAAAGAAGCAGGCGAGCGAGCGGCUGGCGUCGCUGUCGGCCCAGAGCGAGAAGCGGCUGCAGGAGCUCGAGAGGCACGUGCAGCUCAUGCGGCAGCAGCAGGGGCAGCUGCAGAGGCGGCUUCGCGAGGAGACGGAGCAGAAGCGGCGCCUGGAGACCGAGAUGAACAAGCGGCAGCACCGUGUCAAGGAGCUGGAGCGGCGGCACGAGCAGCAGCAAAAGAUCCUGAAGAUCAAGACGGAAGAGAUCGCGGCGUUCCAGAGGAAGCGGCGCAGCGGCAGCAACGGCUCUGUGGUCAGCCUGGAGCAGCAGCAGAAGAUCGAGGAGCAGAAGAAGUGGCUGGACCAGGAGAUGGAAAAGGUCCUGCAGCAGCGGCGGGCACUGGAGGAGCUGGGGGAGGAGCUCCACAAGCGGGAGGCCAUCCUGGCCAAGAAGGAGGCCCUGAUGCAGGAGAAGACGGGGCUGGAGAGCAAGCGCCUGCGGUCCAGUCAGGCCCUCAGUGAGGACAUCGUGCGAGUGUCCAGCCGGCUGGAGCACCUGGAGAAGGAGCUGUCGGAGAAGAGCGGGCAGCUGCGGCAGGGCAGCGCCCAGAGCCAGCAGCGGCUCCGCGGGGAGAUCGACGCCCUGCGCCAGGAGAAGGACUCGCUGCUUAAGCAGCGCCUGGACAUCGACGGCAAGCUGAGGAGGGGCAGCCUGCUGUCGCCCGAGGAGGAGCGGACGCUGUUCCAGCUGGACGAGGCCAUCGAGGCCCUGGAUGCUGCCAUCGAAUACAAGAAUGAGGCCAUCACGUGCCGCCAGCGGGUGCUGCGGGCGUCGGCCUCUUUGCUGUCCCAGUGUGAGAUGAACCUCAUGGCCAAGCUCAGCUACCUCUCGUCCUCGGAGACCAGAGCCCUGCUCUGCAAGUAUUUUGACAAGGUCGUGACGCUCCGAGAGGAGCAGCACCAGCAGCAGAUCGCCUUCUCUGAGCUGGAGAUGCAGCUGGAGGAGCAGCAGAGGUUGGUCUACUGGCUGGAGGUGGCCCUGGAGCGCCAGCGCCUGGAGAUGGACCGCCAGCUGACCCUGCAGCAGAAGGAGCACGAGCAGAACAUGCAGCUUCUCCUCCAGCAGAGCCGAGGUGAGGCCCCUCUCCCUGCCCGCGGCCCCUCCCCGCUUUCCUCGGCCCCGCCCCUCCUUCCUCCUCCGCCCCUCCCGGCCUUCCUCCGUGUCCCCUCCCGUCUAGAUCACCUCGGCGAGGGGCUAGCGGACAGCAGGAGGCAGUAUGAGACCAGGAUCCAAGCGCUGGAGAAGGAGCUGGGCCGCCACCUGUGGAUGAACCAGGAACUGAAACAGAAGCUCAGUAGCCUGAGUGCGGCGGGCCAGAGCAGGGGUGGGGAGAAGAGGGCCCUGUGCCUGGAGAGCAGACCGGCUCCCGGAAAUGAAGAGGAGCUGCGCCCCGUGCCCGAGCUUCUCUGGCAGCAGUCCCUCCCUGAGGGGGGCCCCCGCUCCCGAGACGAGGUGCGGGACUUGGUCCGGGCCCCGCUGCCGCUGACGUGGAAGCGCUCCAGCCUGUGCGGUGAGGAGCAGGGCGGCGUCGAGGAGCCCCUGGGAGGGCGGGCGCCCCCCGUGGGUGAGGCGGGCCUGCCCUGGAACCCCGGGCCCCUGCCCAAGCCCCGGCGAGACCCGCGCCGGGCCAGCUCAGGCAUGAUCGACGUCAGGAGAAACCCGCUGUAGGCUGUGCGCAGAGCCCUCCCUGCAGGGAGGCUGAGCCCGCUCCCGGGCACGGUCAACCCCGUUCGCUUCGUGAAAGAGGGCCUUUAGCUCUCCCUCCAAAUCCGGGUCCUGAUCUUGACACAGCUGGGAUCAGCGAACCUGGGCCACCAGCCCCAGUGGAUCAGACUCCUGUUUUUUCAUCUGUAAAUUCCUGCCCCUCAUUUCUUUGAGCUCCGGUACCGGAUUGCCAUCUUUUGGCUUGAGAUUUCCCAAAAGGCAAUUCUGGUCCCAGACCUGCGUGUGGGUGCCCACAGUGCUGGGGUUCAGCCGGUGCUGGACACACAACAGUGAGUGGCAACCGGGUUGUGUUUUAAAUGGUCUUAUGUAUAUGGUGGGAAGUGGGAAGCUUGGCAUAGUUUUAGACUUUUGUAAAACCGUUUUAUAAUAAAUGAGACUCUGAAGGGAAGAAUGUGAGUUUUUACUUGGUUUGAUUUACAAGACACGAGUCAGAUUUGAGACCAUGACAGGUGUGAAGGCUUUUUAGAGCCCCUGAGACAGGCCCAAUUCAGAACUGUGGACCAGGCCUCUGUGUGACUCCGGUGCGUCUCCCCACUCACGGUGAGGACCGUUGGGCACUGGCUGAGUUUCAGAGCAGACCUGGGGAUGUGGCUGCUCCAGGAACCACCAGAGCUCGGCCCUGCAAGCCCAGGGUUACGUGGGACAGAGAGCAGCCUGGAACUUCCAACCCGGAGAAGACCGCUCAGAACACGUCUUCUGUGCUGGGGACACGGUGGCUCCGGCCACGCUCCAUAGUGUUUGAAGUUUUAAGUCCCCCGAC